AUGGCUCUUUUCUGGAUUGUGAUCAUCAUGUACACCAUGAUCGUUCUCUCCAACUUGACUAUCAUCUUGCUCUCUUGUGUGGACCCUCGACUCUGCACCCCCAUGUACUUCUUUCUUAGCCAUCUUUCCUUUUUGGAUCUCUGCUUCACCACAAUUGUUGUACCCCAAAUGUUGUUCAACUUGUGGGGGCCAGAUAAGAGCAUCACCUAUACAGGCUGUGUCAUCCAACUAGGCAUGUUGCUCUGUGUUGGUGCCACACAAGGUGUCAUGCUGGUGGUGAUGGCCCUUGACCGCUAUGUUGCUAUCUGCCAGCCCCUGCGCUAUCCUAUCAUCAUGCAUCCUCAGUUCUGUUGGAAGCUGGUGCUUCUGUCCUGGCUGUCUGGCCUGACAGAAUCUGUUACCCAAACUCCCAUCACAUUCAGGCUGCCCUUUUGUGCAAACCACUGUCUGGAUGACUUUCUAUGCCAGGUCCCAUCCCUCAUACGGCUGACUUGUGGAGACACUGCCAUUACUGAGUGGCAGAUGACAGUCUCUGCUAUUCUCUUUACCAUCAUGCCCAUGGGAAUGAUCCUGACUUCUUAUGGAUACAUAGCCCAAGCUUUGGGUAACAUCCAAUCUGAGGAGGGGAGGCAGAAAGCCAUUGCCACCUGCUCCUCCCAUCUUACUGUGGUCUUCAUGUUUUAUGGGGCAGUGGCCAUGGUUUACACAGACCCUAAGAACCAGUUUGCUUCAAAAUGUGGCAAAUUGGUCACCUUCUUCUUCACUGUGGUCACACCACUGUUGAACCCUCUCAUCUAUACCCUGAGGAACAAAGAUGUGAGAAGUGCCUUGCAAAGACUGCUGAGGAAGGGAAUCAGCAUAAGAAAACAAAGAAAAAUGAUUUUUUGA